UCGGAAGCUCGCGCUCCCGGGCCGUGGGGGCGAGAACGCCGGCGGCGGCGAGCCGGCGUCGCCCGCCGCCCCCAGACAGUGGCAAACUUCGCGGUGUCCCCGGAGCUCGCCUGGACGAGACUGAUACCUCACAAAUAAAAUCCAAUCCAAUCCCCCCCCAUCCCAGCCCGAAUCAUGGAGGCUGUGGCCGCCCGAGUGCCGCCGCCGCCGCCGGCCCCUGCCCACUAGCCGGGGACCAACAGCGCCACAGUGAGCGAGCGAGGAGGGGGAGAGAGGGAGUCUGUCUGCAAAGUGCUGCUCCCUGGUGCUCAGAGGCGGCUGCUCCAGCUCCAACUCUCAUUCAUUUCGCCGGUUAACAUGAGAGAUCAUGGCUGCCUUCGGGCUUCUCAGCUAUGAGCAGAGACCGCUGAAACGCCCCCGGCUCGGGCCGCCCGACGUCUACCCGCAGGACCCCAAGCAGAAGGAGGAUGAACUUACUGCUGUGAAUGUAAAGCAAGGCUUCAACAAUCAGCCAGCUUUUACUGGAGAUGAACAUGGCUCAGCCAGAAAUAUUGUAAUUAACCCAUCAAAGAUUGGAGCUUAUUUCAGCAGCAUAUUAGCUGAGAAACUAAAGCUUAACACUUUCCAGGACACCGGAAAGAAGAAACCACAAGUUAAUGCUAAAGAUAAUUAUUGGCUGGUUACUGCUCGAUCCCAGAGUGCAAUUCAUAGUUGGUUCUCUGACUUAGCAGGAAAUAAACCACUUGCUAUUUUGGCAAAAAAGGUUCCAAUCCUUAGUAAAAAAGAAGAUGUUUUUGCAUAUUUAGCUAAAUAUUCAGUGCCAAUGGUUCGAGCAACGUGGCUGAUCAAGAUGACCUGUGCCUAUUAUUCUGCUAUUUCUGAAGCUAAAAUUAAGAAACGUCAGGCUACUGAUCCUAAUUUGGAGUGGACACAAAUAUCUACCAGAUAUCUCCGAGAGCAGCUGGCCAAGAUUUCUGACUUCUACCACGUGGCUUCCAGCGCGGGGGAUGGUCCUGUCCCGGUGCCACCGGAUGUGGAGCAGGCCAUGAAGCAGUGGGAGUACAACGAGAAGCUGGCCUUUCACAUGUUCCAGGAAGGAAUGCUAGAGAAACAUGAAUAUUUGACAUGGAUCUUGGAUGUUUUAGAAAAGAUCAGACCAAUGGAUGAUGAUCUUCUUAAACUCUUAUUACCACUAAUGCUGCAGUAUUCGGACGAGUUUGUUCAGUCGGCUUACCUGUCUCGUCGUCUUGCCUACUUUUGUGCCCGGCGUCUUGCCUUGCUGCUGAGCGAUAGUCCCAGCCUCCUUGCUGUGCACUCGCCCCACAUGAUGAUAGGACCAAACAACUCAAGCAUCGGGGCCCCCAGCCCUGGACCCCCUGGCCCCGUCAUGAGUCCCGUGCAGCUGGCCUUCUCAGACUUCCUGUCCUGUGCACAGCAUGGCCCCCUGGUUUAUGGACUUAGUUGUAUGCUGCAGACUGUCACUCUCUGUUGCCCAAGUGCCUUGGUGUGGAAUUAUUCCACAAACGACAAUAAGAGCGCGAACCCUGGCUCGCCCCUGGAUCUGCUGCAGGUGGCCCCCUCCAGCCUCCCCAUGCCGGGUGGGAACACGGCUUUCAAUCAGCAGGUUCGGGCCAGGAUUUACGAGGCGGAACAGCAGAUCAAACAAAGAGGCCGUGCAGUGGAGGUUCGGUGGUCCUUUGACAAGUGCCAAGAAUCAACAGCAGGGGUGACCAUCAGUCGGGUGUUGCACACGUUGGAAGUGUUGGAUCGACAUUGUUUUGACCGGACUGACUCCAGCAAUUCAAUGGAGACGCUUUAUCAUAAGAUUUUCUGGGCAAACCAAAACAAAGAUAACCAAGAGGUUGCCCCCAAUGACGAAGCCGUGGUGACACUGCUGUGUGAGUGGGCGGUGAGCUGCAAACGGUCGGGCAAGCACAGGGCCAUAGCUGUGGCAAAGCUCCUGGAGAAGAGGCAGGCGGAAAUCGAGGCAGAGAGAUGUGGUGAAUCAGAGGUAUUAGAUGAGAAGGAGUCCAUUUCUUCAGCCUCUCUUGCUGGAUCUAGUUUGCCUGUUUUCCAGAAUGUUCUACUAAGGUUUUUAGAUACACAGGCCCCCUCAUUAUCGGAUCCAAACAGUGAAUGUGAAAAGGUGGAAUUUGUGAAUCUGGUGCUGCUCUUCUGUGAGUUCAUCCGACAUGAUGUCUUCUCUCAUGAUGCAUACAUGUGCACCCUCAUAUCUCGAGGAGACUUGUCAGUCACUGCCUCGACCCGACCGCGGUCGCCAGCGGGAGAAAAUGUGGAUGAACACUACCCAAAGGACCAUGACAUGAAAAUGGAGGAACAGACUAUAAUGGCGCAUAUGGGCAUUGACUCAGGAACUACUAAUAUUUUUGAUGAAGUAGACAAGAAUGACUUUAAAACUGACUUUGGUUCGGAAUUUCCAAUUUUUUCUCCCAUGCCUGGAGAAUCCUGUGAGAAUGCCAACCCUUCCUUGGGCAGAAGAAUGUCGGUUAAUGGUGAGAAGUUGCUUAAGAGAGAAAAACCCAGGGAGCUAAUUUUUCCAUCUAAUUAUGACCUCCUGCGACACCUGCAGUAUGCAACCCAUUUUCCCAUACCUCUGGAUGAAUCUUCAAGUCAUGAAUGUAACCAGCGCACAAUCCUUCUUUAUGGAGUGGGCAAAGAGCGUGACGAAGCGAGGCAUCAGUUGAAGAAGAUUACCAAAGAUAUUUUGAAAAUCCUAAAUAAGAAGAGCACCACAGAGACGGGGGUUGGAGAUGAAGGACCAAAAGCCAGGAAGAACAAACAGGAAGCAUUUCCGACACUAGAGACUGUAUUCACAAAACUUCAGCUCCUUUCGUAUUUCGAUCAGCAUCAAGUGACGUCUCAGAUCUCUAACAAUGUGCUGGAACAAAUCACAAGCUUUGCUUCAGGAACAUCCUAUCAUCUCCCUUUGGCUCACCAUAUUCAGCUUAUCUUUGAUCUUAUGGAGCCAGCGCUAAACAUCAAUGGACUAAUUGACUUCGCAAUACAGCUGCUAAAUGAACUGAGUGUUGUGGAAGCCGAACUGCUCCUGAAAUCCUCCAGCCUGGCAGGAAGUUAUACAACGGGACUCUGUGUGUGCAUCGUGGCUGUUCUCAGGCGGUACCAUAGCUGUCUCAUCCUCAAUCCUGAUCAGACAGCCCAGGUGUUUGAAGGGUUAUGUGGUGUGGUAAAGCAUGUUGUGAACCCCUCAGAAUGUUCCUCCCCCGAGAGAUGCAUCUUAGCCUACCUCUACGAUCUCUAUGUGUCAUGUAGCCACCUCAGAAGUAAAUUUGGAGACCUCUUCAGUAGUGCCUGUUCAAAAGUUAAGCAAACCAUAUAUAAUAAUGUGAUGCCUGCAAAUUCUAACUUGCGAUGGGAUCCAGACUUCAUGAUGGAUUUUAUUGAGAAUCCUUCAGCUCGUAGCAUCAAUUACUCAAUGCUGGGCAAGAUCCUUAGUGACAAUGCGGCCAAUCGCUACAGCUUCGUCUGUAAUACGCUCAUGAAUGUAUGUAUGGGCCACCAGGAUGCUGGAAGGAUUAACGACAUUGCCAAUUUCUCCUCGGAGCUGACAGCUUGCUGCACUGUUCUUAGUUCAGAAUGGCUGGGAGUUCUGAAGGCUCUUUGUUGUUCUUCAAAUCAUGUGUGGGGGUUUAAUGAUGUACUUUGCACUGUAGAUGUGAGUGACCUUUCAUUCCAUGAUUCAUUAGCUACUUUCAUUGCUAUUCUGAUAGCACGACAGUGUUUCUCCCUGGAGGACGUCGUGCAGCACGUCGCACUUCCCUCGCUCCUGGCAGCAGCUUGUGGAGAUGCAGAUGCUGAGCCGGGGGCGAGGAUGACAUGCCGACUUCUGCUUCAUCUCUUCCGAGCUCCCCAGGCCUGCUUAUUACCUCAAGCAACCGGCAAACCUUUCCCUGGAAUAAGAUCAUCUUGUGAUAGACACCUCUUAGCCGCUGCUCACAACAGCAUUGAAGUGGGAGCCGUGUUUGCUGUCUUAAAAGCAAUUAUGAUGCUUGGAGAUGCCAAAAUUGGCAAUAACAAUGUCAGCUCUUUAAAGAACGAUGACUUCACCAUGAGGGGUUUACGACGUGAUGGGAAUGCCGAUGAUAUCUGGACUGCCUCACAAAAUUCAAAAUCCUGUGGGAAAAGCAUUUCCAUAGAAACUGCCAAUUUAAGAGAAUAUGCUAGAUAUGUACUGAGGACUAUCUGUCAACAGGAAUGGGUAGGAGAACAUUGCUUAAAAGAACCUGAAAGAUUAUGCACAGACAAAGAGCUUAUAUUGGACCCUGUGCUUUCAAAUAUGCAAGCACAGAAAUUACUACAGCUUAUCUGUUAUCCUCAUGGUAUUAAAGAAUGUACGGAGGGGGACAACUUGCAAAGACAGCACAUUAAGCGUAUUCUUCAGAAUCUUGAGCAGUGGACACUAAGGCAGUCCUGGCUAGAACUUCAGUUAAUGAUCAAACAGUGCUUGAAGGACCCUGGCUCUGGUUCAGUGGCUGAAAUGAACAACUUACUGGAUAAUAUUGCAAAGGCAACAAUAGAGGUAUUCCAGCAGUCUGCUGACUUGAACAAUAAUUCUUCUAAUUCUGGAAUGGGCCUCUUCAACCCAAAUGGGAUUGGAAAUACUGAUACAAGUAGCACGAGGCAGAAUGGAAUAAAGACAUUUCUAAGCUCCUCUGAACGCAGGGGUGUGUGGCUGGUGGCCCCCCUAAUUGCCAGGCUGCCGACCUCUGUGCAAGGAAGGGUACUAAAAGCUGCUGGAGAGGAGCUGGAGAAGGGACAGCACUUGGGCUCCUCUUCAAAAAAGGAAAGAGACAGACAAAAACAGAAAAGUAUGUCUCUUUUGAGUCAACAACCUUUCCUCUCACUGGUCCUUACCUGCCUUAAGGGACAAGAUGAACAACGGGAAGGCCUCCUAACAUCUCUUCAGAAUCAAGUUAAUCAGAUUUUAAGUAAUUGGAGAGAAGAACGAUACCAAGAUGACAUAAAAGCACGGCAGAUGAUGCAUGAAGCAUUGCAACUUCGCCUAAAUUUGGUGGGUGGAAUGUUUGACACUGUGCAGAGAAGCACCCAGUGGACGACAGACUGGGCCCUCCUCCUCCUCCAGAUCAUUACUUCUGGAACUGUUGACAUGCACACCAACAAUGAAUUAUUCACAACAGUUCUCGACAUGCUGGGUGUUUUAAUCAAUGGAACCUUAGCCUCAGACCUAUCAAAUGCAUCCCCAGGGGGAUCUGAAGAGAACAAACGUGCAUACAUGAAUUUAGUAAAGAAACUGAAAAAAGAGCUAGGAGACAAGAGAUCAGAAAGUAUUGACAAAGUUCGACAGUUGCUACCUUUGCCAAAACAGACAUGUGAUGUCAUCACUUGCGAACCUAUGGGUUCCUUGAUUGACACUAAGGGAAACAAAAUUGCUGGAUUCGACUCUAUAGAUAAAAAACAGGGUCUUCAGGUCUCUACAAAGCAGAAGGUGUCCCCGUGGGAUUUGUUUGAGGGUCAGAAGAACCCAGCUCCUCUGUCCUGGGCCUGGUUCGGGACUGUCCGAGUGGACCGGAAGGUGAUCAAGUACGAGGAGCAGCAUCACCUGCUCCUGUAUCACACACACCCCAUGCCCAAGCCCCGAAGUUACUACCUCGAGCCACUGCCCCUGCCUCCCGAGGAGGAAGAGGAAGAGCCCACAUCUCCCGUCUCUCAGGAACCAGAGAGGAAAUCAGCUGAGCUGUCAGAUCAGGGGAAAACCACAACAGACGAGGAGAAGAAAACGAAGGGAAGGAAGCGCAAGACGAAAUCAAGCUCAAGAGUUGAUGAGUAUCCACAGAGCAACAUAUACCGAGUGCCUCCUAACUACUCACCCAUUUCCUCCCAGAUGUUGCACCAUCCACAGUCCACCUUGUGGGGCUACAACCUCAUGGGUCAGCCCCAGCAGCCGGGUUUUUUCCUUCAGAACCAAUCUCUUACUCCAGGUGGCUCCAGACUGGACCCCACGGGCUCCUUCGUCCCCACCAACACCAAGCAAGCUCUGUCCAACAUGCUGCAGCGGCGCUCGGGCGCCAUGAUGCAGCCGCCCCCGCUGCACGCCAUCACCUCGCAGCAGCAGUUAAUACAGAUGAAGCUUCUGCAGCAGCAGCAGCAGCAGCGGCUUCUCAGGCAAGCGCAGGCUCGACCUUUCCAGCAGGGCCCACCAGGGGACCAGGCUGCUCUCUUUGCUGCACAGGCUCGGCCCUCCCCUCAGCUCCCCCAGUAUCCAGGGCUGCAGCAAGCACAGACCAUGCCCCAGGGCUAUACGAUGUACGGAACACAGAUGCCUCUGCAGCAGACCCCACAGCAGCAGGCUGGUGGCGUGGUCCUCUCUCCCAACUAUAACUCCAGAACUUAUCCGGCCGCACAUUCCAACCCGGCGCUAAUGGAAAGACUCAGACAGAUGCAGCAGCCGCCCAGUGGCUAUGUUCAGCAGCAGGCAUCACCAUACCUGCAGUCCUUGACUGGCUCUCAGAGACUGAAUCAUCAGUCCCUUCAGCAGAGCCCUUUGGUAGGUGGAGGAAUCGAUGCGGUGCUGACUUCCACACAUCCAAGCCUUCCUUCAGUGCCCCUGCCUCAGGACCCGAUGAGACCCAGGCAGCCACAGGUUCGACAGCAGCAGAGGCUCCUCCAGAUGCAGCAACCCCCCCAGCCCCAGCAGCCCCCACAGCCCCAGAGUCAGACCCUUGGUCUCCAAGCGAUGCAGCCCCAACAGCCUUUGUUCCCCAGGCAAGGCUUGCAGCAGACCCAGCAGCAGCAACAGACGGCGGCCCUGGUGCGGCAGCUCCAGAAGCAGCUUUCUAGUAACCAGCCACAGCAAGGAGUGACUCCCUAUGGGCAUCCAUCACACUUCUGAAUCUGGAAGAGGACAAGACAUAAAGUUUUAUGUUUGCACUGAAAAAUAGAAAAUCAAAUUUAAUGCAUCAGUCUUUAGAAAUGUCCUUUUGUUCUUUCCUUUCUUUGAAGUUUUCUUAUUUUGUGCUACAUUUCAUAUAGAGGUAUUUAAAACAAAAAGAAAAGGAGGAAGUGUGGUUUGGGGUUUUUUGGUUAAAUUCAACCUUAAAGUAGGUAUAAAAAUGUGGAUCAUGUGGGCCUACUCCAGGAAGAGCGUGGUAGCAGAUCUUUUGAAAUUGGUGCUGUUUUUUUGGAUCUCAUAGAAAGAAUGAAUUAUGGUGGAUUUAAAAUAUGUGUUCAUUAAUGAUGAAGUUUGUUGUUUUCUUCUCCCGCCCCCCGCCCCCCCCCCCCCGCCCCCCGCCCCAAACUGUGCUGGACCAAACUACUGAUUUGAAAGGCAUGUCAGGUCUUGACAGGAGAGUAAUCCAUUUAUUCUUCUUUCACCUGUGAUGGUGAAAUGGACAUCUAUUUGCAUUGCUCUGAUUUGAAAUGUUUGUAAUUUCAUAAGCACUUUAUAAACUUUAUUCUUAUUUAGGUAGGAUUUUUCUUUGCUUUUGUUGUGGUCAAAAGGUGCUGAAACAGAUUGUUGCUUAGUACUUAAACUUCUUAGACCAAGAACUUCAACCCAGGCUUCUGUGAGAGCCACCCUCAGAUACAUGGAAGCCUCUUAGAAGUAGCUGUACUUGAAUUUGUUUUCAGUGGCAAGAGCAUUGACCAGAGUCUUUGUGAAGGUACAACAUGUUAAUUCUAAAGGCCCGAACGAACCACAGUGGAAUUGUUCCAAUUAUUUAUUGCCAGAUUUGGCAAAAAUGACUCUUGGUUCUCCUGAACCUUAUGCCAACUUGAGAAAAAACAAUCUUGCAGCUGGCCUGAGAUUCCACAGUGCUCAAACUUGACGUGGUUUCCAGAGAAUCUGGCCCCCGAGUCCAGAAGGCUCUGGUUUUCAUAAAGAUGUAUUUGCUGUUUAUUUUGUAUGGUAAGUAUUUGCUAUUUUGAAUUUAAUUAUUAAUGUUGGUGUCAGUCUUGGUUGUGUAUUGCAUAUACUGUAUUUAUAAAUUGGUGCAAAAAGCACAAGUAAAUUAUACAUCAAAUUUAUUAUAAAGAAAUAGUAACUAUUUUAACUUUGUUCAAGUAUGUGGUAAUUUGCUCCUAUUAGAGUAAAAAAUACAGUAAAUUAUUAUCAGUUUGUGUAACUUAAGAGUAUUCCAUAUAAUAUUUUUUUAGAUUUAGAUGCAUAAAAUUUUGAAUGUGAAAAUUGCAGGGCAUUUUAAAACAUGUGGGGGAUAUUUUCCCAUGUUUUGUGUUAAUUCAUUUUCUUUUGCCAUAUGAUUUUACAUGUAAUGUAGUUGAGCAUACUGUGAAUAGAUUUGUCUAUAAUGAGCAAACCAUGUAGAACUACUUUUUUAAAAUGUAGCUAGUAUGACUUUAGAUCAUUUCUUUUGCAAAUCAUUAUAUAAAUAAUUUGUAUCUUCCUAGGUGAGUUACUCAUUGCAAAGUUUGACUCAUGCAAACGACCUCAAAUACAUGUCCGCUUACUUUUGCUGUGGCAGCAUCCAUGUGAACUGCUUUGUACACUGUGAAAUAGUUCACUCCAGCCUGCUCAUUUCAUGUUUACUCUGGGCUGGAAAAGACUUUGCCAAAACAUUCAAGACCAUUCUUUUCACGAAAUUAUAACAUACUUUGCUUUCAGAAGACAGAUCUUUACAUUUCAGCUGGUUUUGUAUAUCAGGUUUUGUUUUUUUUUUCCCUCUUGAAAAUCCUACGUAGAGUCCAUGAAGUUAUUUUUCUUCCAAGUAAUCUAUCCGUAUGUUGAUUGCCUUGGCAAAACAACCGAAAUGUGAAUGUUGUGCCUAGUGAGUGAGUGAGUCCUGUUCUGUCCUGAUUUCCUUUGGAAGAAUUAUUGGGAUCUAAAAUGCCAGUUUUUAGUUUGAACCAUAUAUUUUUAUAGCUCAGUAUUGCAAACAACAGUCAUAUCGUUUCAAGAACGAGUGUGAUAAUUGCAUAGCAUUCAUAUGCACUUUAUAGUUUGCAUAAGGUAGUGAAAUUAAUUUAUUAAUAAUCAUUUUGCACAUGAAAGCUGUGGGGUAUACUUUUUUUCUUGUUGUGUCCUUUUCUUUUCCGGUGACAAAGCCAAGUCAUGGUAAGGCCCUAUAGUUCAGAUUCUAUGGAAAGUUGAGGAAGAACCUAGGACUGGCUUACCCCUGUGCAUUAUAAAGAGAAUGACUGGAAUUUUUAUAAUCUAGUCUUAGCAUAUUUCCUUCCACUUAAUCCCACAUCCUAAGAGGUUUCUUUCUUAGCAAGUGCAUUAAUUUGCAUUAAAAUGAUCACGAGGGAAAACCCUAUCCUUUGACAGAACCUGGUAAUUUGCUUUGUAAGACAGGAAAUUAUCCUAGGAGAAGAUGGAGACCUCCCUUUCCCUUAAAAAUAAGACUUUAAAAAUUGAAUGUAAUUGGGCAUCAGAAUCCCUUAGACAUACCUGUUUACACUCUAGUCUCAUUCCUAAUAGCUUCCAUUUGUCAUUCUAAUUUACUCCUUUUGGCUCGGCAGUGGAAGGAGAUCACAGUGAGAAUGAGUAUCCUUUGACCUCUUGUGGCCACAGGGUACCAGCAUCUGAGAUAGUAGCAGUCAGGUCACCUCUUAGGUGGAGCCAGCUGAAAGUUGGUGUGAUGAAAACACAAUGAAGUAAGCUCCCCUGUGUCUCAGACCAUCAGCAGGGGCUAACAUAGUUGUUUUGUGUGCUGAGAGAUCCGAGCGAGACCUAUGGCAUUUUUUUUUUCCACUUUAAAUAACUGGCAGAUAUUUGAAUGAAUUCUGGAUAAAUUACACUGGAACAUCCCAGCCUCUAGAAUUAGAAAAGAUGACUCAUAAUGUCCCCCAAAUCAAUUCACGUUGAAUUACAAAAAGCAACAUUUUGUGUAGAUUUGAUCAAAUUUUAUGUAUUAGAUUUAGAUUUUCCUCUUCCAUAAAGGAUUAUCCCUUAAUGAAAUAAGUUCAUAAAGCAAUGGUUCCUUCUCAGAAUAUUUUCCUUAUAAAAAGUUCCAAACCAAGGAUGCCUGUGUUAGAUUUUGAAGUGAUGAAGUUUCAUUGUAUUUUUAAUGAAGCCUUUUUAAUGAGUUUAUUUCAAUAACGAAGUAAUCAACCCCCUUUUCACUUUUUAUGAUGUGUAGGUGUUAAGUUGCUUUUUACAUGUAUUUUAAACACAGUUAUUAAAACAUUUUUGUAUUCCCCAUCAAUGAAAAUUUUCAGUGUACACAAAACAGAAUCCUAGUCAAAACCGUUCAGAGCUUAUUUUCUCUAGGUUUUACUAAAAUAUUUCUAAGUCAGCCACAAAAUAUCUGUACAUCAAAAUUGUAAAUUUACAAUCAAGACUGCAAAUUUAAUCUUUCCCAUUGUCUCUCUUCUCAGUGCCAUGCUUGUAACAUUGCUAGAAGGUGGACACUAGGCAACUGGUAGUGAAAGAACAAAGUCCAUUCUUUAAUGAAGAAUUCAGAUACAUUAGCCAUUUGUUCUUUUAUGGUGGACAGUUUUACCUUAAUGUUCAUUGUUAUUUGUUGGCAAAAUAAAAGUGCCUUAAGUUAAAAGUUUGUUUGGAGAUCAAUUAACAAAUCACUAUCAGUCAUAUUGCAUUUAUUUACAAGUCUUUUUCUUUUUUUAUUUUGCAUGUCCAUUAUAAAUUUAAUAUUGUAAAUGUACUCAAAUUCAUUUACAUGCCUAUGGCUGCCUUUGAUUAAACUUCUUCCAAAAA